AUGCACUUCACACAAGCUUUCUCUCUACUUGCUAUCGCUUUGGCGGUUCCAGGCUUCGCGUCCCCGGCUAGGCGGCAGGGACCACCAGGGUCAACAAUUACCUUGGAGAGCCCUGGGAGUAUCACAGCUCCUGCAAAUGGCACCAGCGUAACUGCAGGCCAGCCGUUUACAUUCAGCGUAGCAGUCCCCGAGUGGAACCACUGUCAUCCAGGCUAUACGCCCGUGAACGUCUAUCUCCUGGCCACUGAGCCAACGAUAUCCGACUUGAACACGACCUACGGGUUCAGCGACUACUUGUACUACUUCGGGGACUAUGUGGUCAAUAACUUCCCAGGACAACUUCCGAAAUCGGGUUCACCGCCGCCGUCCACCUUGAUGACGCCGGACCUCGGGGAAUCGUACUCCGGGCAAGUGGUAUAUCUGGCUACCAUUGAAAUCAUUGAAGGCUGCCCACCCGAUGGUUUCUGGGAGUACGCGAUUGACUCGAUUGCGCUUUCAUACACCGGGUAA